CUGCGUUUGUUUCAAGAAGGGUAGGCGGGACAAUUUGGUUUUCCAGUCAAUAUAUGCAAGACUGAAUAAAAAGCAAAAGAAAGACUCAACAGAAACAUCAGAAAGGCACUCGUCUACAACAUGUUGUGGAUCAUCAGCUGUUUUGCUUUGGUGACCUCCGCUGUCGGCAUACCUGCAUACUUAGGCCCUAUCCAUAAUAUUGUUAAUGGAGGAAACUCCUUAUCUGCUUGGCCCUGGCAGGUCUCUAUCCAGACCUCCAGAGGUGUCCAUUUCUGUGGAGGAACUUUGAUAAACAAUAACUGGAUUCUCACUGCUGCACAUUGCUCCGUUCGAGUUGGAUAUCACCGAGUUGUUCUUGGAGAGUUUGACCGUGGCUCUGAUGAUAAAGCUGUUCAGAUCAAGACGAUUGCCAAGGUCAUUGUUAAUCCUAACUUCAGCAAAAAAAACUUCAGCAAUGACGUUGCACUGUUAAGAUUGUCCUCUCCAGUACAGAUAACAACCCGUGUCUCUCCUGUUAAACUGGCUUCUUCCUCCACCAACAUCCCUUCUGGAACACUUUGUGUCACCACUGGCUGGGGCAGAACCGCGACCGGACAGGGUCCUCGUAUCCUGCAGGAGGCCACUUUGCCCAUAGUUAGUACUGCUGAGUGCAUGCGGUACUGGGGUCCGACAAGAUCGAUUACAGAUUCCAUGAUUUGUGCCGGAGGUUCUGGAUCUUCAACUUGCCAGGGUGAUUCUGGUGGUCCUCUGGUAUGUGACAGUUAUCAGGUGGGCAUUGUUUCAUGGGGAACAAAUGACUGCAGGGAUAAUGCUCCAGGAGUCUACUCUCGUGUGUCUUUCUUCCGUCAGUGGAUUGAUGAUACUGUCUCAUAUAACUCAGCCUGAGUUUAUACCCUGCAUUGAAAUGACUACAGCACUUUUUAUUUGAAUGAACUUGAGUAACUUAUAAUGGGAAAUGUGUUAAUUUAAUAAUUUAUUUAAUCUGUAGUAUUAAUUUAUUUUCUUUAUGACUCACAAAUCUUUAAUAAACUAGGGAUUUUCAUUAUUCAUCUGGUUUAUGUGUCAACACUCUAUAAACAGAAUGAAACAAAUGUUGGAAGUAUUUAAGUAAAUACUAUUAAGUGUUUUUCAAGCACACAUCAUAGCACCUUUUUACCUUUUAGAACACAAUGCAUUCUGGGUUUGCAUUUCCAAAAAAGGUUGAGCUGCAUUUUAGGAGGCAACAGAAGGCAUGGUAUCAUGAUUCUGCCUCAUCAUGUCAUGCCUUCCUUGGUCUUGUGGCAGAAUCAUGGCAGGAUCUCAAGUUCUAUGUGUAGAGAGGCAUUUUUGGCCCUACUGGCCUUCCAUAUGCUCUCUUUGGUCUCGUCUCUGUUCCCAUCCUUUCGUCUCUUAAGUUUGAUUGUUAAUUAGAUCAUGCCACGCACCUGUUCCCUCUUGAUUUGCAUCCCUUUAAAUAGCUCUCGUGUUCAGUAUCCUGUGCUCGUAUGUUGCAUUGUAUUCACUUGUAUUCGUUGUGCCUUCCUGUAUUAAUGUGCUUACCUGCUUCCAUUGUGCCUCUGUGGAUUACCUUACCCUACCCAAGUCAAGUCUAGAAAGUGUUUAUCUUAGUUUAUGUAAGGGGUUUUCUAGUUUAGUGUUAAUUGGUCUAUGUCCUGUUUUGCUUACUGUCCUGUUUUCUUGUUAAUACCCCAUCAUGAUGGGUUUUUGUUUUGUUCGUUGUUUAAUAAAAUCCUGUUGGUUAACAA